UUGCAGAUUGGAGAUGACAGUGAUGCGGAAACGUGUGAAGGAGAGAAUGAUGAGCAGGGCAGUUAUUCUAGAAGAAAGAUUGUCUCUAACUGGGAUCGAUAUCAAGAUACGGAAAAAGAGGCGGAUAAUGAAAGUGGAGAAUCCCAGAGGGGGACAGAUUUCAGCGUCCUCCUUAGCUCUGCAGGGGACUCCUUCUCCCAGUUCCGGUUUGCUGAGGAGAAAGAGUGGGACGGUGAAGCUUCAUGUCCAAAACAGAAUUCAGCCUUUUAUGUGGAUUGUCAGUCACUGGUUCAAGCUCUUCAAGAACUGCCUCUGUCACUCCGACUCAAUGUUGCUGCCGAAUUGGUCCAGGCUGCGGUUCCUUUAGAGCUGCCUCAGGUGAAAACAAAAAGAAGCAAUGACAGUAAAGGACUGGGGAUGCAGUUAAAGGGGCCUGUGGGGCCCGCCUCUGAGCUGAAGUCUGCUGCAGCCAGCUGCUCUGUGGACCUGGGUAGAGAGCACUCCACACCAGGCCCUCCCAGGGGUUCUCAGAACCCUGCCUCCGCUCCGCAGACGGAAGCAGACCAUUUGGAAGAAGAGCUCGAUCUGCUGCUUAAUUUAGAUGCGCCUGUAAAAGAGGGCGGUGACAUCCUACCAGAUCAGACAUCUCAGGACCUGAAAUCGGAAAAAGACAGGACGGUGGCCCAAGAGGAAGAAGCUCCUGUUAAACCAUCAGUGACUGAAGAGAAGAACGUGGGAUCUGAGCAACCAAGUACAUCGAAAAAUGUUACUGAGAAAGAGCUUGAAGACUGGUUGGACAGUAUGAUUUCCUGAAAAAAAGCAAAGAAGUGCCUGAACCAAAUUUUGGUUGCCUUGUGAGUAAGGCUGUCCUUCAAGAACAAGUCACUCACAAGCAUGCCCCAAGCCAAGCCUGUACACGCCCACCUCUGUGUUUGUUUGAGGACGUCAUGUCAAACAAACACAUGACAUGAUUUCCUUAACAUGAUUUCCUUAAGGGCAGGGGACGUGACUGCGAUGGUAUAUGGCCUGUGUUUCCAGCAUAUCAGGUACUGCUGAUUAAGAGAGAAUAGAUGCAAACAAGGCAUGCAUUGGUCAAAAUAAAAUAAACAAACGAACGCUGCUGUAUGGAUUUUUCGCUCUUUCUCGAGCAGGUCUUUUAGGCUGUUUUUGUUUGUUUCACAUCCCCUUUCCCCUGAGUCACAGUGUGGCUGUAAUAGCAACCACAAGAAGUGGUACAUUAGAAAGGAGAGGCCAGACCAUGGGUUGGUGUCUAUUAAUUAUUACUUUAUUGCAGUGGGCACUUCAUUUGUAUUUGAGGAGAGUCACCUAAACGUAGCAGCUUCACUACUUACUUACUUACUUACAAGGGACCAUAAAGCAUUACUCAAUUUCAGCAUAAAGAUUGAGGAGAUGAUUUUUUUUUUUUCCUGAAUUUUCAGUACAGUACUUUUUUCUUCUAAUAACAGCAGUUGACAAGCUGUUACUGAAAAAAAAAAAAAUGAUGAUGUGAAUGAAUAACCUUCGAGUACAGUUUCAUAAAGAAAGAAGUGAGAUCAGUACAACUAAUUAGUGGAGGACCCGUCCAUCUAGAACACAAACAUUAAAAACUUGCAUAGCUAUAUCUAAAGAAAGAGGUUUUUAAGGCACUUACUUACAAUCGCUAUUUCAGUGUCGACAAGUUUUUUUUUUUUUUUUCUAUUUAACUGCUU